AUGAUAACUUUACUACCAAGCAUUUUUUCCAUCCUAAUAACAACAGAAUUUUUUCUUGGCAAUUUUGCCCAUGGCUUCAUAGCACUGAUAAACUGCAUUGACUGGGUCAAGAGACAAAAGUCGUCCUCAGCUGAUCAAAUACUCACAGCUCUGGCGGUCUCCAGAAUUGGUUUACUCUGGGUAAUAUUAAUAAAUUGGUAUAUGACUGUGCUUCCUUCAGUUUUUUGUAGUUUAGAAGUAAGAAUUAUUGUUCGUGUUGCCUGGACAGUAAGCAACCAUUUUAGCAUCUGGCUUGCUACUAGCCUCAGCAUAUUUUAUCUGCUCAAGAUAGCUAAUUUCUCUUGCUGUAUAUUUCUUUACCUAAAGUGGAGAGUUAAUAGUUUACUUCUUGUAAUACUGUUGGCAACUUUGGUCUUUUUGGUUCCUCACUUUGCAGUGCUGUGCGUAGAUGAGACUAUGCAGACUAAAGAGUAUGAAGGAAACGUCACUCGGAAGACCAAAUUGAGAGAUGUAGGCCUUUCAAAUAUGACUCUAUUCACGCUAAUACACUUCAUACCCUUUACUAUGUCCCUGACAUCUUUUCUGCUGUUAAUCGUUUCCCUAUGGAAACAUCUCAAGAAGAUGCAGCUUAACGGCAAAGGAUACCAAGAUCCUAGCACCAAGGUCCACAUAAGAGCCAUGCAAACUGUGCUCUCUUUUCUCCUGCUAUAUUCCGGUUACUUCUUGGCUCUAGUUAUCUCAGUUUGGAGUUCUAAUCGACUGAAGAAUGAACUAGUUCUCAUGAUUUGCCAGGCUCUUGGAAUGCUGUAUCCUUCAAGCCACUCAUUCAUCCUGAUUUGGGGAAACCAGAAGCUAAGAAAGGCCUUGAAAAAUGUAAGACAGAUUAUAAGAUUACCACACGAUUAA